GGGAGGAGGAGGAGGAGGAGGAGGAGGUGGAGGCAGCACAGCUUCUCCUCACAGCAGAGACGGACUCUCGGCCUCAGCUCCUCAAACCACCGAGCAUAAUGGACCGAUAAACAUCACGGUUUGGGGCGAUGUUAAGGUACCAAAUACAUCAUUAUUUUACUGUCUUUUGUGCUGUUUUUAAAAUAUAUUGAAACUGAAAUUCUCGGACUAGCAUGUCGGUGUGUAUUUGGGUAUUUCGGGUCUCGUUUGUUCGGUUCUCGGUGGGUUUGCACACCCAGUUUUGACAGCUGAGCUCAUCAGCGUCGUUUUGCUUUCAGCUGCUGCUCUCUCGGUCUCAUUACCACCCCUGCUUUUAAUUGCGUUGAUGAUAAUUUAAUGUUAUGUUCUUUUAAUAUCUAAAUGUAUUGGAUUUAUUUCUGAAUGGUCUUGUGAAAAUAUCUUCACUAUCCCAUGAUCAGUGUUCAACAGGGUCAUCUCACCUUAGAAUUAAAACCGUAUCUAGGUAGGAUAUGGAGUUAAUGUGUAGAAAUAGAAAGAUUUUCAAGAGUCUAGUCACAUAUAACCAUAGAUUCUCCCUUAAAAUAAAAUAAUAUUAUCAGAAAACCUAAUACUAUAGGCUGGCAUUGAACUCAUACAGUUUGCAUAAUCUAAAAUUGAAUUUCUUCGAAUUAAAUUGCAUUUUAAGCGAGUUUUGGCCUCAGUUAAAAUGCCUUUUAUUGCUUUUUCCUCCUCUGUGAUAUAUUAGAUCUUCUUACCAGCUUCAGUGUGAGUGUUUCAAUAAAGUCUGAGGUUGAAUAAUUCAAGAGAUCACAGAUAUGAAAUAUUUCUUUGGCAGAGUACAGAUCAAAUCCGUGACUGCAGGAACAGCCAGGAGCUGUUUGUGCCUGUUAAGAUUUUCUUCUUGACUUUAAUGUUGACUACUCCUUUGCAUUUCCAUAAUCAGAGGGUGUUUUAUCCAGUUUAUCUCCAAAGUUGAUCGAUUUUAAAUGUGAAUCUCAGAGGUAAAGAGGAUGAUUGAGGGCAUCUGUCAGUGUGUGAUUUUGUAAUUUGAUGUUUUUAUUUCAGAUGAGUGAACAUAGUUUAGUUUAAAAGUGUUUUCUUGAAUAUCAGGUGGAUUCAAGUUAAAUGUUGCCCUUUUUAACUUCAACACUUCACACCUGGAGGCGCCUUUUGACCUCGUCCUGUCCUGCUCUACACUCUGAAGUUGUGGUUUUGAAACGUGGAAAACUGAUAUCAGUGUCUACUCAUUGAUCAGGAUAAAUCUUUACAUUUUAGGGUGAUAUUUUAAACUGAGCUGUGUGGAAGUGUUGUGGUGUCUUACUCAAUUGAGGGACAGCAAGAGCAGCUGUGGUUUAACUGCCAUGUGCUCUGAGGGGAAUAAUUGCAGGUAGUAAAAAAAAGCAUUAAUUUUGACCUUAACAGCAUCAAGAAAAAUGCAUGAACUCUGCAAAUUUAUGUUUGCGCUGAAGUUUCUUCUCAACUUUAUAGAGACACAAUUGGACGAUGUUGGUAUUACACCAAACUUCAGCCCCCACAUUAGUGCACCUGUCUCUUUUCACAGUGACCCUGUGCAUUAUCUCCUUAUUUCUAAGAGUUCCUCCUCUUUUGAUUGUCUCCAUGUUUGAUUUUGUUCACCAUCCUGUCCUCGAACUUUUGUUUCCCACAAGUUCAAAGAAAGAGAAAAGAGCCUUGUUUUCAAAGAUGAAGCAAAAAGCGAACAUGCAAUGUGGUCCGGUCCAGCAGGGUUUCUUGGUCACAGUUUUAGAGCAUUGUUGGAUUCUGUUGAGUGUUUUAAAAGACAUUAUUAUCAUUAUAACAGGGACUCAUUAAUGAUGUAGCGUUAAGUCCUGUUCCUGAAUGCUGGCACCUACAUCAUGUUUGGAGAAAACACUCUUAAUUAUUCGUCAGGAUGAUGAAUGUUGCUCCGGCUCAAAGUUCUCCUGGGAACGGUUUCUUUCUUUCUUUCUUUCUUUCUUUCUUUCUUUCUUUCUUUCUUUCUUUCUUUUUUCUUUUUUCUUUCUUUCUUUCUUUCUUUCUUUUUUUCUUUUUUCUUUCUUUCUUUCUUUCUUUCUUUCUUUCUUUCUUUCUUUCUUUCUUUCUUUCUUUCUUUCUUUCUUUCUUUUUUUCUUUCUUUCUUUCUUUUUUCUUUCUUUCUUUCUUUUUUCUUUCUUUUUUCUUUCUUUUUUCUUUCUUUCUUUCUUUUUUUUUUUUUUUUCUUUCUUUCUUUCUUUCUUUCUUUCUUUCGUUUUUCUCUGCAGAGCUGGUUCCUCUCAGUUUUAAGGCUGAUAAAACUCUUUAAAACCUGCUUCAGAUAAAUACUCCUGCUACUCUUCUGCUGGAUAACUAUUGCUCUCAGUAGCAUGCCAAAAUAAAAGCUUUGCAGCUCUUUUAACAUAGUUACUGAUUUUCGUUUUCACAUAUUCCCAUCAUGGUCUUAUGCGAGGCCACACUGACAUGUAUUUUAACUGGCAGAAGUCAUUAAUAAGAUUAAAAAUGCUGUUUUGUCAGACAGAAGUGUUUCUUUUGUUCACUAUUUUGUAAGCAGAGUUUUCGGUUCUCUGUGAAGUGAUCUGCUCUCAGUCUUUUAAGGAAACCUCUAGAUGAUAAACUCCCAGCUGUGAUUUAAAUUAUUUACUUUCAUCUCUGUGUUCGACUUCAGAUUUAAGGCUGUGAGAAACCUCAAGAAAUUAAGACCAGAAAAUAGACUUUACUCUGCUCUGAUUUCUCGAAGCAGGUGAACUAUUCCAGAAAAGCUUCAGAUGAAACUUCACUCUUUUGGCUUCGUUUAUGAUCAGAUUUUCUCUCUCUCUCUCUCUUCCAGAUUUGUUUGCCAUGGAGUCAGAGAUAAUACCAAAAUUUUCCUCAAAAGAUGAGGAAAUCGACUUCUGGAAAGCUCUCUCCCUCAAGUAUAAGAAAGGGUAAGCAGAUACCGUCUCUUCAUCGUCAGUACGUGUUUAAAAGACCAGAACGUUAACGGUAGAUCAUCUGUUUUCAGAUAAACGGUGUAUUCGCUCACGAUCAGAGCAGCUGAUUCUGUCUCUCUGUGUCCGAUAACACACAUGAGGUGCACUGCAAAGAUGGUAAACACAGACAGUCCUACUCUGUUUGAAUAAGAGAACUCUGAAACAACAACUGUUGCCUGUCUGAGACUUAAGUUAAACAAACUCCAAAUAAAGUUAUUUCUCUAAGACCUGAAUCCUCAGUCAGAGACGGACUCGCCUUUAUCUUAUAGCUUUAGCAGGAAGUACUUAAGGCAUAAUGUAAAUGUUGCUUCAGACAGAAAGCGCAGUAAAUGCAGCGAUCAUGCCUGCCCGCCAAGUUAGCUGUUCUUUAGUCAGAGCGCGCUUGCUGUGUUGACCUCUUCCAGCUCAUGUUAAAUUUGUGAUUGAGUAAACACAUCUCACUCUCAGUUUGCUCGAAGUCUGAUCCAUGUCAACACGCUUGUUUGAUGUCUGUUGCACUUGGCAUGAGUCGGCCAGAUUGCACACAUCCGAGAACAGGUUGGUUGGUUUAGUACUUGGAGAUCAGUUAUGCAACUCACCGUUGCUUUUUGAAAUAAAUACUUAUCGAAUAGCGGGUUAAAGUGCAACGUCUAAAUUCCGUCUACAGAUAUACAGAAUCUAGACGUUUGAAAUUACGUCUAAAAAAUAACCAGACGCCUAAUAGCCGUCUAUUGCUCAGUGGGUAGUUUAAUGGUCUGGUACUUCAAGCCACUUAUCAGAGGUAUUUAGAGCUGUUCAGGUCUCCAUGCUCUUAUAUAUCUGAUCCAUUUUGACCAAUGUCCCUUAAAUGUCCCUGACUGUCGUCUCAGAGCGAAUGUCAGUCUCUCCAUAAUGUAAAUUUCGUGAACAGUUCCUCGCCGGUCUUCCAGUGUCGGUGAGUUGGGUUGUAACCACUUCUUUGUUAUCGUCUUCUUGGCUCCAAUCAGUAACAUCUUCAUUAGAUAUUUGUCUGCUAUCACUUGAGUACGCAGUGCCAUGGUACUGAAAUACAUUAAGCUGAAACCAAAUUAUGUAGUAAUUUGAAAUAUUUAUUCCAGACAAUCAUGAAUAUGAUGCAAAUAAAACAAAAUGGUUAAAACAAAAUGGAACCACACAUCCUCCAACAACUUUUUCCACCACCUUGAUGUUUCUUCUGAGCUGGUGUUUUAAAAAAUCUCAUGACGUUUUUCCAUCUAAAUUCCCUCCAGCUUUGUGAAUUACAGAUAUCUUCUCAGUCUUCCUCAGAUUUGACCAAGUUUUUUGGUUUUAACGACCGAUUUGAGUUUUUUUUUUUUUCACUUUCAGUUUUAUUUGAAUCACAGAUUGCGCCUCAGUCACCGUCUAGAUCGGUCGACCUGAUAGCGACUCUGCGUGUCUUUUGUGUCUGUGGGAACGCCGGCUCACCACAGCAGGAACACAAGAGCUGGGGAGCGUUAGAUCCGCUGUCUGUCAUCAGAUUACAGCCUCCCUUUCUUAGCGUCUCUAUCAGGAGCCGGCGUUGAUCUAUCCUGCGACACUCCUGGAGCAGCUUCAUGUGGGACAGGCAGUGAAAACCUCUCCGUUCUUCGCAGAUCAGGUUUCUCACUGAACAUGAAAGUCUCUCAUGUCUGGUUGUCCUCGCAGAUUUGACUGUUUCUGUGACGGUGCGGUGAAGCAGUCCGACUUCUCUCUCUCUCGUUACUGUAGUGACAUGAAUGCUCCUUAAAUUAGCUCAACACCUUGCUUGAUUAAGAAGUGAUCUCUGGAUGUCCACAUCCUGUGCCAAAGGAAACAAGCCCAGGCCUACACCCAGUUAUGUAAGAGUUUGUAGACAAUGACCUCCGCUGGAAAGUGGAGGCUUAGUCGGUCCUGUUUGUGUUUUGGUGUGUGAUAAUCAGUCUUAAUCUGAUCUCAGAGGAGCUUUAUGAAUUAUACUUCAGAGUUCAUUCUUAACCAGGAUGUAAACACUGACACAAAGGCUGUUUUUGAUCACUGUAAUACAUUCAUUUAAGACUCUAAUGUCAUUCAGGAAGUUUAUUUUCAAACGCAGACAGAAGAUUUUUCCUAACUUGAAAUUUCUGAUCCCCUGAAGUAAAACACAUUAUUUUGUGUGACUGUGAAGACGAGCCGUGACGGAGGAAGAACCGGUUCAAAGUGAGGCUGAGGAUUUUCACCUGCAGCUGAACUAAAGGCUUUAUAUAUGGAGCGUCUGAGUCUGUGCCAUCCUCAGCACUCUCAAUUAGGAUAGCCGGGUAGUCCACUUGCCAUUUUUAGGCAGCUGGGACUCUAAUGUGUGUGUGUGUGUGUGUGUGUCCAAGUGUAUUGGAGCAUGGCUGCAUCAACACACAGUUAUAUAACCUGUGCUUCCUGAUAAAGCUGCUGUGUCGUCACAUGGCAUGUUGGGAGGUUCUGAAUGGAACGUCAGCCGUCUGAGCUUGGAGAGGACGGAGAGAAAAACGACUCCAACACGAUGAUUCAAAAGUCGUAAAUAAGCUGCAUCUGAAUAAACCCACUUUCUUAAACAAACUGAACCCUGAUGAAUUCUGGUCCACGUCUAAAAUGUUUUGUUAGUGGGUCAGUUCUCCAGAGACCACAAGCGUUUUUAAGUGAAGAUAAAAAUAGGGUAGUAGUAAGCUGGGUUUUAGUAGUAGAUGAAUGAAACCACAAAGGCCCACGCUCGACCUCUUUCUGUCUCCACUCGUCAUCUAAUGGCUCCUCUUCUCGAUCCCCGCAGCUGCCAGGACGCCCAGGAGGAGCUGCUGGAGUUUCAGGAGGGCAGCAGGGAGCUGGAGGCCGAGCUGGAGGCUCAGCUGGGACAGGCCGAGCACCGCAUGAAAGACCUGCAGUCCGAGAACAACAGACUGAGGAACGAGGUGGAAACGCUCAAGGUACCUGCAGCAGAUCUGGAAUGAUCUGACAGGAUACACAUUUAUAGGAGGAUAUAAAAGAGAGGAAGCUGGACUACAGGGCGGGUUAGAGUCUGUGGAUCUGAAGAGUUAAGAUUUUAGAGGUUUGAGAUGAAGUCAGCUCUCCUUAAACUUCCUGAUUUCCAUUUAGAAACUGUAGCUUAUUCAUUAUUUAGACAUUUCCUGGUUAAUGCUCUGCUACUUCAGGCUUUAAAACCAACAUUUUUGCACUUAGAAAUACUGUAAUUCCUUCCAAUAAUAUAUAUUCGAUUUAUGAUGAGGGUAGCAUGUUGCAUAUGUCUAAUUUUGAACCAUACAUUAACCUCUGUUGCAGCCGAGUACAGCGUGUCUUCUCGUGCUCGCUCGAUAAAUAUUUGAUGCUUUCUUUCUCGUGUCACCACUCGUCCUUGAGCGCGCUCUCUGGGGAGAAGCAGAAGUGAAGUCGGGCUGUAACAGCUGCUGCUCCCCUGGACGCUCUCAGUGGUUAUUAUUUGUGAGCCUGCAGCUCUCUCUCUCCCUCUCUCUCUGCUUGUAUAGAAGAGGUCAUGGUAGUAUAGAGUCCUGGGUCCUGGAUUUGUCGUAUGCUGUGACUCCAUGUGUUAUCUAAAUGGAAAUCUCUCCCCGGGAAGGUGCUGAUGUACCUGUUUUCACUGAUGUCAGCCGAUCCCAAAGACUCUCAUCCAUAAUGCAUCAGGUUGUGUCUCUCAUUCGGAUUCUCGCUCCAUAAUUACGCCAGCCGCACGUUCCUGUCUGUGUUUCACCCCGCGGGGAUGAGAGGUGUGUGUGUGUGUGUGUGUGUGCCAAGGUGUCGGUCAGGUCCAGAUGCAAAUGUGAAUGUUGGAGGAACACCACAGUAGCUUUGUUUUCAGCAGCUUUGUUCUGUUGUCUUCUCAGGGGUGUGUUUUUGAAUUUAUUAUAGAGCGCUGUUGACUCAACAGGGUGGUUGAGUUUUUAGUGCAAACAAGGAAAGAAACGAACUUGAAGAAUCAUUCUUGAAGGUAGAUUGUGUGUGAAUUUUUUUUUCCUUUCUGCUGGAUUAUUUUUAAAAAAUCAGGAAUACUUUGAGACAUGAGCACCGAAGCUUCAUCCCUGUUUUAUCAGUCUCAAACAUUAGGAUGCUCAGAUUAUAAACUUUAAAAACAGACUUAAUGCUCAUUUAAAAGUGAAAUAGAGAUUUACAGUGAUUUAUGUAACUUUACUCUUACUUUUCUCAUGGUUUGUCCUCUAGCGUCAGAAAAAUGCCAUAUGAACAUGUAGACAACAAGAAAAACGUGAUUUUCUUCGGAGUGGGUCCUUAAAGACACUGAAACUGACCUUAAUGCCUUUUUUGACUUUUCAAAGCAAACAAGACGAUCAGAAACAAAACUGGCUCUGUCUAAUCUGCUGCGAUGGCGUCAGCAUCAGACCGCAUGUUUAAAGGUAUCACUUUGGCCACAGGGGGCGCCAAAGUUGACAGCAAAAGUUUCAACAGAUGAUGUAGGAAUACUGCGAUGAAUGUUGAGUUUUCUAAACAUCUGAGUGUGUUUUUAUGAUUUAUCCGCAGUUUUUGUGUUUGUUAUAAAACAGAAGUGCACAUUCAACUUGAUUAUGUUAUGCAGCAUGUUUCAUAUUGUCAUGUUAAUAGGAUGCACACGGUGAAUGGGAUUUUGUGCGGUUUGUUUGCGUAUUGGCGUUUGUCUGCACAGUAACACCAGAUAUAGGUCAGACACGGAGACGGGCCCGGCGGUGCUUAUUGAGCUGAUAGUCUCCGAGCCAGCUGAAAUAUAGGUCACACUGAACAUCCGCGAGCUGCAGGGAGGAGGAAAAUGAGGGUGGCAUUAAAAAAUGGAUGAUAGCAUGUAGGAGGUGUGAGUUUGUAGCUGUAUAACUGGGUCCUGGAAUAAAGCUCUGCAGCCCAGACUGAAUUCAUGUGAUCAAUAUGUGCUGUUUCUCCUUCUCUCCUCGCCGUCCUCCUCAGGACAAACUGGAGCAGCAGUACUCGCAGAGCUACAAGCAGAUCUCCAUGCUGGAGGACGACCUCGGACAAACACGCAGCAUCAAGGAGCAGCUGCACAAAUACGUCAGAGAGCUGGAACAGUCCAAUGACGACUUAGAGAGAGCGAAAAGGUCAGUGUGAGCCGGAAGACCGUAUUAAAGACGACAAUCAUCAGAUACAGUGAAGCGACUCCGCCCUCGCUUUGGUCUUUAAUGCAGCUCGGUCUUUCUCAGUGAAUGCAGGAAUGAAAUGUAUAAAAAUGUGUAAUUUUUUUCCUGCACAUACAUCGACUGGUCUCCCUACAAGUUGCACUUUAAAUCACUUGCUAUUAAAUAUUUUUGCAUAAAGAGAAACAGAGACCUUAUUAAUAAUGUUUUUUUAUUUGAUAGGUUUGUGGGAAAUGUCAACAAAGUUAUUUAAAUAUGUUUUUAUUUCUUUUUUAGCAAUUUUUUCCUGCAUGACCUGAACAGUUUUUUAAGUUUUUACUUUGUUGGAUAUUUUCAAACAAACAUUCAGUUUAUUAAUGAUGAAAAUUUCUGAGAAGAUCGAAAAUAUUGUUGGUUACAGAUUCGUGCAAAAUAAAACCAAAUGAGUUAAGAGUCACAUUUAGUCUAUUUUACCUCUUCAGAAGUUCUUCUACUUUAACAAGAGAGUAUAAUGAAGUCAAACAGUCGUAAAAGAUGUUUUUCAGCCGGUCAUCAAAGUGACUUAAGUGACAUUUUCAGUCUAGGACUUUUUUUAGGUUCUAUUUGCUCCUCAAGACCUAAAAAAACUCUCUGAGGUGUUUUCCUGUCCUCUUAGAUCGAAGAUUAAUCUCCAUGGAAGUCAAACCUCUUAUUACGAUUACCAAACGAAUUCAAUUGAAUCGAUUUCUCUCUCAGAUGAGAUCAAAAUCAAUUCGAUGCUGAGAUAUUGAUUCCUUAUUUAUACUCGCUGAUACGUAGAAAGGACGUGCAGACAGCCAGCUCAGAUGUUAUUAAUAGAAGGUCAGUGAAACGUCAGACUCGAUUGAGCGUCUUUUCAUCCGUCCCUCCUUCUUUUCUCUUCUCAGAGCUACCAUCGUGUCUCUGGAGAACUUCGAGCAGCGUCUGAAUCAGGCCAUCGAGAGGAACGCGUUCCUGGAGAGCGAGCUGGAUGAGAAAGAGUCUCUGCUGGUCUCUGUGCAGAGAUUAAAGGAUGAAGCCAGGGGUGAGUAUUGAUGGAUUCUACUAAUGAGCAGAGCUGUCGAUUCCUGCUCCAGCUCAUCGACACGCGGGCUGCACCGCCCCUCCUCUUCGAUAAACCCUGUUAAAACUGUUUUUUUUUACAGAUUUAAGGGGAAAAUUUUAGCUUUUUAAAUUCUACCUCGUUUCUAAAUUCUGUGCAGAUCUGCGGCAGGAGCUGGCCGUCAGGGAGAGGCAGUCGGAUGUCAGCAGGAUGUCGGCUCCGAGCUCGCCCACACAGGACAAUGUGAAGAUGGACUCAGCUGUUCAGGCCUCCCUCUCGCUCCCCGCCACCCCGCUGAGCAAAGGUCUGGACAACGCCUUUGCCAACACAACAGGUAGCUGCUGCUCAUUUUUCCCCCUGAGUGCAUUUUAGUUCAGCCUCACCGUACAAGCACAGACAGGACCGUCCAUGAAGGAGCAGUUUGUACUGAAGCGCCGUACAUCUGCCUCUGUCUUUGGGUGUGAUUUGGUUUGUUAUUAGCGUCAGGGAAAGGGAGCGUCUCCGCUGAAGGGUUAGGGUUAGAAAAUAUGCAUCAAUUAUCAGCAGGGUGUGGCACACAGAAGACUGCAGGCUGCAUACAUUUAAACAUGAGCAAAACAAGAUGAACAAUGAAUAUGUAAUCUCCUCCUUUCUGUCUCAUACGAAGCACUAUCUAACGGCUACGGCAGCAACUCUCCUCUGACCCCCUCCGCCAGGAUAUCGGCCCUCAACAUCGUCAGCGAUUUACUCCGCAAAGUCGGGGUGAGUUCAUGUUUCAAGGUUUUAAAGUCUUUGCAUUUCGACCGGACAGGAGAAACUCCUUCAUUCUUUGUUUUGCGUCUCCCCCUCCCCCCCUGCAGGCUCUGGAGUCCAAACUCGCCGCCUGCAGGAACUUCGCCAAGGACCAGAGAUCCAGGAAGGUGUACGCCCUGGACAACAGCAACGCGCUCAACGCAAACACAACCAGCUACUCGCAGUCGUUCCACACAUCGUACUUUGACAAAGCGUGAGUGAAACUGUAUCUUUUGAGUUAUUUUAAGGGGUGAAUUUUAGCAGACUGUGUUUUUUCAUGUGGCGGAUAUCUGAGACCUUUGUGCAUUUUUUCCCAGCAGGACAGAGAUGGUCACGUUCCCCGCAUUGAUUUUGGGUAACUGCAGCUCCCUCACUUCUUAUUGACCGCGCUGAGGCGUUUGCAUGCCGCUGCUGACGUUAACAAACCUUUAGUGCUGAUAGAAAUAACAGGAGUGAUGGUGACUAACUCUUUAAGGUGGUGGUGGUUGAGGUGCCUUUUUAACUCUUACUGGGAUGAGAUUUUUGGACCUCUGCCUGAUCAUAACAAUAGAUUAAAAAGUGAAUUUUAAUAUGUCGUUGUUUGUAAUAAAUAUCCGCCAACAGCAUGAUUUAAUCUCGAAAGGGUGUCAACAAGGAAGAGCUCACCAGAGUAGAUUAAAGAGCGUUCAUAGAUUGAUCAGGAGCUGCUUCAUCUCUAUCUGCUCUGACCAACUUUCAAACCCGAUUUUCUCAAAUGAUGUUCGGGUUCAAACUAACAAACCCAUGAAUGUUUCAGUUUCAGUUCAUGCAGUUUGCUCGUUUUGUGUCAGACUGAGGAGAUGAGCUGUCGGCAUCUUUACCUGCCGCUGCACAGAGCAGAUAGAGUCCGAAUGUUAAUCACAAAAGUUAAACUCGUACUGUCAUGGAGAAUAUUUUUGUUCAUGACUCUUUUGUUUUUAGUUAAAAAGAGAUCAUGUGAGAUACCAGCAGACGGAAACUCUGGCUGUUUCAUCCUGUUUUUAUGCUGCAUCACUCCCGAGCGCUGUGGGUGACGGCGGUGACGGCGGUGACUGGCGGUGUCGGCGCGUGGAUCGAGUUUCUGCUGUAUGAGGGGGAACUAAAGAGGCAGAGUUUGCAUACUGAGAUGAGAAACACAACAAGGUCAUUGUGCUUCUGUUACAGAGCAGGACGUUUGUUAUGGACACGAUUCACCUUCAGUCCGGGGUCAGGACGGCGUCUCUUUGUCUCACUUUACUGCCUGUACAUGUUCAACUUCAAUAUUUACUGAAUACAGACCAAAUUUAGAGUUUUAUUUUGAGAUAUUCUUAUUUAGAAAUCAGAAAGUCCUCUGUGCAAAAGAGGAAUUAGCUUCAGUAUUUUCCACUGACCUGAAGCUGUCAAAGAAAAUGUUCAGAUCUCACCGGUCUGACUGCAUCUGUUUGCUUUUUCCCUCUCGCCGUCUCUUUUGUCCUCCGAGUGGAGCUCUCCGGGGUCAUGACUCAGACUCAAACCAUCCCUGGAUACUCGUCUUCGUAUUCAGCCAAGUCCCGCGAAUCAAACCAGUUCAACCCGUCGGUCUGGAUACCUGCAGCUUCCUUCACACUUUGUCAUGAAGAUCCAUUUUUAGCACCAAAGCCACAAAAGUUUGUUUGUAAAGACGUCAUCUUUGUUCAGGCAGAUUCUUCGGUGCACCUGAGGGAAAAUGACUCCGUCAAACGGACGGGUGGACGAGUUUCUGGGCUAUUUUCAGCUCUUUGUUUUUUUUCUAGUUUAUCCUCUAAGAGUCCAGUCCAGGCUGGAAAAAGAAAUAGGAACUUAUCGUUAUUCUUGUAUUUUUCAUUUAAAGGUGCAGAAACAGUCAAGUCAUAUAAAAUUGACUAAAACUUGACUAAGAUGUUUUUUUCUGAAAUAUGACUAAAACGAAGCGGUGACAAACUUCAAGGUUUUAUUUUAAGAAACAUCCGUUCAGAAGCAUCAGACCAGCUUAUCUUGAUGUUAUAAAUGAACAUCGUUGGAUUGCAUCAUUACAAAAGGAUUCGUCUCGGUAUUUUGACUCACCGUGAGAACAUGUUUCCACAUCUCUAGCUUUUCCCGGCUGACUUUGGCUUUCUUACUAAUCAGCCUGAUUUAUUUUAACUUCUUUGGAUCUAAUGUAACUUUAUCUCAUGCUGGUAUCAGGGUUGGUUUUAUCAUCUUUUGGGUGGCUUCUUCUCUUCUUAGUUUCAGCUUUUCCUGCUUUGACUGUUUCCUCUUUUUUUCCCUCUCCAGCAGGCCGGUGAACGGACUCAAACCUGGUACCCUGACGGCCAUCACAGCCCCUCCUACUGCCUCCUCUCAGGGCUUAGUGCCCCUCGCUGUGUGACACUGAUCCUCCCCCCCCCGUCCAGCACUUGAAAACAUAAACAUAAAGAGAGGAGGACAGAGAAGGAGACACAAAUGUCUGACACUGUAAAACUUUGUGGGUGUACUGUUACUCUGGACCCGUCCCCUUCCCUCUGAUCGGGUCCCGUGCUUCGUCCUGCUGUAAUUAUGGGUCCUUGUCUGUAUAUUUAAUAUUACUGUAUCUGCUUUAAAGAGACCCCCUCCUUAUUUACUUUUUAAAAGAUGUCUAAAGGAUCUCAGCCUGAUACAUAUCGACUUUAAAAGGGAACGUUAUGCAAUUUUAGCAGAAAACUUUAACGUCAACCAGCGAGAACUCAAACAAAGGCGACGGAUCACAGAAGAGAGACAGGUCGAAAGAUUCAGCAGAUGACCUGGAUCAUCGUUUACCACAUGGCCGGUGUCUCCAUCACUUAUUGAUACUUAUGAGACGCGUGUUUUCAACAUGAUCUCUGGGGAGUCUGGGUAAAGAUUCACAUGAUUUUUGUCUGUAACUUUUAUCUCCUGACCUUUUUGUACAGGUAUAUUUUUUUCUUUUUGGUUGUACAGCUGUCUGAAAAGAGGGGCUGGAGCGUCUUUGUGUCAUUGUAGUGAGUCCAACACACCAUCUUCCCUCUGAACUAUGUGACAUGAUGUGUACAGUAUUGGUCAUAUUGAUCGUUAUUUAUCCACAGCAUCUUUUCAGAUGCCGUCGUCGUGUUCAGGCCAGUUUAACGAGCGUUCUUGUAUCGUGUAGUCAUAGUGUUUAAUCCGACAUUUGUCAGUCUGUUACUUUACACCUUUUUUUUUUUUUUUUUAGUACUGUACAGGAAGCAAGUGAAGCACUUUUGACCUCGUGAACUCACUUUUUUUUUCAGUUUCAUCCAAGUGCAGUGUCACCUGUUUGUACGGGAGCUCAGGAUGGCUGUGCUUACAAAAUGACUCAUUUAUCUCCCUCGAUAACAAAUUCACGUGAUGGAGGGUGAAUUUCUUUUAUCUUGAGAAAUUAGCCUUUCAAUUUCUUGAGCUAUGUAAAGAAAUUAACCCUUAUUAUGUGAAUACUAGCUUUUUCCAUCUUAAUAUGUUAAAAUCACUCUGAAAUAUUCAGAUUAUUUCAAUACGACAGCAUUAAUAAAAGUUGUAAGCACAGCCGUUCUCACCUUCCAACCUGGUAUUAGUUUUUGGGGUUUAAUUUAUUUCAGGUUUCAUUCACAGCAUGUUUCAAUAAACAAUGUUGUUUACAUCUAUAACAUGUACUGACUGUCUUUUUUUUCUUGAGGGAG